UAUUUAUGGAUAAUUACAAUAAUAUUUAAUUAAGUCAACAAAUAAAUUCAAAUUAUCAGUAUUUUUAUACGUCAAUUUUUUACCGCUGAGAAAAAUGACCUGUUCGUUACAAGAAAUCGAAGAAAAACGACGUCAAGCAAUAGAACGUCGUAAUGCACGCAUGCAAUCUCUGUCAAAAGCAACGUCACCACCAGCACCUGGACAAAAUAAAAAAAUCACCAAUUAUGUUACCAAAAAUUUCAUAGCAUCGACAUCAAAAUCUCAGCCAACAUUGACAUCAUUUGGGGUUGGAUUAAAUAGAUCGACAUCAUCACUGUCAACAAAUCAGAACAAGUCUAACAAUUUUCUGAACAAAAGUUACGAAAACCAAGACCUUAAACGUAAAAAUAAUUCGUACCCACUGUCAGCACCUCCGUCGAAGCUGAUAAAACAAAUAAACAACAACAGUAUAAAUACAAUAAAUCAUAGCACAGCAUCUCCAACAAAAGUAUCUCCAAUAGACCCCAACAAAUUUUUUAAUAACCAGCAGAUAAAGGGGACGAUAUCAAUGAUCAGUUUGACACGUUUUGAAGUCGAUAUAAAAUACUGCCCGCAGUUUAUCGAGUACUGCAAGACAUUCAAGACCCGGGUGUACGACCAGCAGCGCAAGCUAUGGAGUUUUGACAUCACUGAGUACAAUGACUUUCUGAAGGGUCUUAAAGACAGUGCGCCCCAGGUACAACUAGCGGGAUUACCUCAGUAUGUCUACCGGGUAUUCAAGAACAACGCAAGCAUAAAACCUGAAAUCACUGAACCAGACCUGUCGCGUAUUGAUCCCAAGUUGAUGGAAACGCUGAUGCCUUUCCAACGCGAAGGAGUUUGCUUUGGUAUAAAAAAAGACGGUCGCUGUAUGAUCGCUGAUGAUAUGGGUCUGGGUAAAACUAUCCAAGCUCUAGGUAUUGCUCAUUACUACAAAGCAGACUGGCCACUGCUGAUCGUUGCACCUUCGUCGGUCACGCAUCAGUGGUUCCAAAGUAUCCUUGAAUUUCUGCCAUCAGUACCUGUCUUUGAUAUAGUUAUUUUUUCCCGCAAGCAAUCUUAUAUAAGUGAUAGUAAAAUAACAAUUAUUUCUUAUGAUUUGUUGAUGAAGAAUAAAGAUUCCAUUGCUAAUACGGCCUUCGGUACAAUAAUUUUGGAUGAAUCGCAUACACUGAAGACUUUAUCAGCGAAAAAAACAGAAGCUGUUAAAAAAAUAGUCGAUAAGUCAAAACAUAUUAUUUUGUUAACUGGUACACCAGCUCUGUCACGUCCCAUUGAAUUAUAUUCUCAAAUAACUCUAAUUAUUCCAAAUUUUUUAACCGCGCAUAAUUAUGGUGUGCGUUAUUGCAACGCAGAACAAACAAAGUUUGGUUGGAAUUAUAAAGGUUCAUCAAAUACUACUGAAUUACAAUUACUAUUAAAGUCAACGUGUCUCAUUAGACGACUUAAAGUUGAUGUACUUUCACAAUUACCUUCAAAAUUUAGGCAAAUAAUUAUGUUGGAUCCAAAUUUAAUUGAUGAAGGAACUGAAGAAAUGAAAGAAGCUUACAAAAAAUGUUCGCAGAACAAAGGAAAUAAUCAUACUACGAUAAUACAAUGUUUCAAUGAAUCAAGUUCCCAGCGAAUAAAAGCUGUUUGUAAUUAUCUUGAAGGCGUUUUGGAGAAAGAAGAUAAAUUUAUUGUUUUCGCGCAUCAUAAAAGUAUACUGGACGCUAUUAUGGAGUUACUGAUUAGAAUGAAUGUUAAAUUUAUCCGCAUUGACGGGAACACCAGGGCGGAGGAUCGAAAGACGCUGGUCGACAGGUUCCAGGAACGAGAUAACAUCCGCGUUGCUGUUCUCUCCAUCACUGCGGCGAACGCGGGGAUCACUCUGACGGCUGCCAGUUUGUGUAUCUUCGCUGAGCUCUAUUGGAACCCGGGGAUCCUGUGCCAGGCGGAGGACAGGAUUCAUCGGAUAGGUCAGAACCAGUCGGUCAUCAUAAGAUAUCUGAUUGCGGAAAAGACUGUUGAUGAUCAUCUGUGGCCGUUGCUACGUACUAAACUCAAUUUCCUCACCAAAGCUGGACUUAAUCAGGACUUUUCGUUGGACAAUGCUGACGUUACGAAGCAGAUCAUCAACGGCAGCCCGACUUCCAAACAGAGUAAACUCGACAACUUUAUUGCGGUAGCCAGCUCUCAAAAUUUAGCUGAAAGUAAUAAAAAAGUUGAAGAGAAUGAUAAAGAAACUAAAGAUGCUUAUAAUGCUUCGACUGAUGUCUCUGACUUAAUGCUAGAUGAAGAUGAUGAAGACUUGGCAAAUAUUGAUUUAGAUAUGUAUCAAUAACUGUUAAUUAAUGGUUAUAAACAACGACUACUCAGGAAGAAAUUAAGGCUUAGGUGUCAACUGAUAAUUUAAAUUUAGGGCGGGAAAUAAAUUUUCGUACUUUGAUGUUAAUGAGAUGAUUGAGGCUAUUGCGUACUAGUUAUUAUUGAUAAAGUAUUAAAUCUGUAGUCUAAAAAUAUUUAUCUUUUGAUUACUGAUCGAUUACACUUAGAUGUUAUUUAUAUGUCGUGUUAUUGAUAUGAAUACAUAUUUU